AUUGGAUUGAAAUUGUCAGUCUUCUCCUCACUCACACCCUUCGCUUUCUAGGAAACUGGACCAUUAUAAUUUUCUUUAGUUUUCUCCUCAAGCAAGUUGGGAAAAAAAUGUAGUAAAUACUCAGUAGACAGAUUCUUCUCUACUUCCAUCUGAACUUUACAAAACUACUCUAAUGGAGGACAAGAAAGCGAAUCUAAUCGCUGUUUUAACUGUUAUUGGCCUCAUAAUCGUCAUCAUUAUCGCUCGACUCUCACUUAAGCUCUCCAAUGCUUUCUACCUGAUUGCGGGGGCCGAUGUUGCUGUGAUUCUUGCGGUCUUCGUUUGCCUCAUGAUCAGACGCCGUUAUCAUCGCAGAAGCAAGUUGUUAGUGACUCAAUUAGUUUCUGAAGGCAGAGAGCUUCGUAUUGAGUAUAGUUUUUUGAGAAAAGUUGCUGGAGUUCCUAUAAAGUUUCGAUUCAAGGAGCUCGAGGAAGCAACUGAUAAUUUUCGGUCUUUGUUAGGACAAGGGGCUUCCGCUUCGGUUUUUAAGGGGAUUUUAUCAGAUGGAACUGCCAUUGCUGUGAAGCGCAUUGAGAAAGAAGAGAGUGGAGAGAAGGAAUUUCGAUCGGAAGUUGCAGCUAUUGCUAGUGUUCAGCAUGUGAAUCUGGUGCGUCUUCUUGGAUAUUGUAUAAUGGCUAGAGGGCCUCGUUUUCUUGUUUAUGAAUUCAUCCCAAAUGGGUCAUUGGAUUGUUGGAUUUUCCCCAAAAGGGGAACCCGGGAUCUCCCUGGAGGGUGCUUGUCUUGGGAACUGAGGUAUAGAGUCGCCAUUGAUGUGGCUAAGGCACUUUCUUACCUUCAUCAUGAUUGCCGGUCAAGGGUUUUGCACCUAGAUGUCAAGCCAGAGAAUAUACUCCUUGAUGAAAAUUAUCGAGCAAUUGUUGGAGAUUUUGGUCUUUCAAAGUUAAUGGGAAAAGAUGAGAGUAGAGUCAUCACAAAUAUCCGCGGAACGAAAGGUUAUUUAGCCCCAGAAUGGCUCUUAGAGAAUGGGGUUUCUGAGAAAUCUGACGUCUACAGUUAUGGACUGGUUCUUCUGGAGAUGAUUGGAGGCCAGAGAAAUGUUUCCUUGUUACAAAAUGGCAAUGAAAGGUCUCAAAGGACAUGGAAGUACUUCCCCAAAAUUGUCAAUCAGAAAAUGAGGGAAGGAAAACUUAUGGAAGUGGUUGAUCAUAGGCUAGUGGAAAGUGAAAAUAUUGAUGAGAGGGAAGUAAAAAGAUUGGUUCAUAUAGCUUUCUGGUGCAUACAAGAGAAGGCAAGGCUUAGGCCUACAAUGGCUCAUGUGGUGGAAAUGCUUGAAGACCGUGUAACUGUGGAGGAGCCCCCUGAUACCCAAAUGAUUGUUAUCGAUUUGUUGUCAAUUGAUGGGGAUGCAUCAGAUGGUCAUAAGAGGGCAGCCAUUGCUGCAUUUGCUGCAGAUCAAUUAGAUGGCAUCAAUCCUUUAACUUCAUGCUCAUACACCAUGUCUGUUAUCUCCGGAAGAUGACUCCUGCCCCAAGAGUGCCUUUUUGUUUAUCCUUUAGGAUUCUUUUAGCUCUAAGAGAAGAGAGAGGGACUUUUAAUUGGGAAGUUAUUGUUAGAAAAGGCUGCGGUUGCUAUGUAUAUCCUAUAGGGAUAUGCUUGUUUCAUUCUCCACUCAAUUUGGUAGCUUGACUUUGGGGCACUAUAGAGUGAUCAAGGAAUGAAGUUGGAUUAUGCAAAAUUAAAUUAAUGUGAGAUUGGGUGGAUUAGUUCAAAACUGUGAUCUUGUGAUUGAAGAAUAAAAGAUUAAUAACUUGCUUUAGCUUUGAA